AGCGAAAUUUAGCGCCCAUUAUGUUUUGCCGCCAAGACAGUCCCGUCAGGAAUGUGUGGCGCGUGUUGCCCACUGAUCCAAUAUCCAUAUGCGGCGGGCGAGAAGGACGGUGUUGACUGGGUGAGAAUUCCAGCUUCUAUCGCCUUAGAUCUCCGACGCUGUAACAAUGGCAGAUCCCAUUGACUACUCGAAGACCCAGCGCAUCCUGCUCCUCAUAGAUCUCCACCCGCUUCAGACCUUCCGGAACCCUAACUCUUACCUCAUUUCAGUCUCCGCAACCGCCAGGCGCCUCCUGGCCUUCGCCUCCCUCACCCAGUCGCUCUUCUCCUUCAAAUUCUUCUUCUCUUCUCUCUGCCCUUACCUCUCCACCUCCGUCGUCGAUCAACUCAUCGGCAGCUUAUUCCCCUCUUCUUUCAACCUCCCUUCCGAAACGCUAAGCUCCCUUAUAGCUAUCCUCACAUCUGUGUCUAUUCCAGCGGAAUUUGAGGUAAAACCGUCUCGCGCAUCAAAUGUCGCUAGCUCUUUGCACAAGCUCGUAUUCGAUUGCACUUGGGAAUCUGAAAAUGAUGAUCUAUCGGGUAAGGCUAAUGUCGAAUUUCCUAAGAUUUGUUCAAAUUUGGUGCUUUUGUUUUCCCAUUUGCCCAACUCCAUAAGCUGCUUAUCUGAGUAUAUGAAUCUGGGUGUUAGUUCUGAAGCUUUAAGGGAUUUAGAUGGGUUUAUGGUCAAAUUUCAUGAAUUGUUUGGUAUCGUGAGCAAAGCAUUUUCUAAUAGAGAUAUUCAUUUAAGUUGGAUUGAUGUGGGAGAUGGCCUCGCUCCGGGUGUCGAUUGUAAUAAAUUUGACAACUUUGGUGGAUCAAUGCUUUUGGAGAAUGGGAUAAAGAGCUAUGGGUGGGGCUUUUGUCCAACAUACUCAAUUGUUUUAGAUUCUGCUCUGAUUCCUUUUGGGUUGAUGUAUCCGAAAAUUGGGAUCCCAUUGCAGUAUCUGAAGUGCGCCGACUCUAGUCAAGGUCAUCGUGGACAGCUAUAUCUUGAGAUCCUUGAUGUGAAUGGAAAGCCUUUGGGGUGCAAGUGCAGUGAUCUUGAAUUCCUGGAUCUGAAUGUUUCACAAGGCGGGGUUUGCAAUGGGGAAUCAGUUUGGUCGCGGUUUGGGGAAGGGGUGGUGAUAAAGAUGCAGGUUCAGGCAAUCCUGCGGUAUGAUGAUGAGGAUGGAAAAGCUAAAAGGUGCACAUCUAGCUCCAUUCUAGUGCGUGAGUUUUCUGGUGACACAAAGAAAUGCCAAACCAAAUUUACAGAUGGUUUAUUUGCUUAUAGAGUUUUUGACAUUCUGUCUGGACAUAUGAGUGAGAACAGACACAGAAACAACUAUGUUCCUAUCUGGAGCAUUCUGCUGACUUUUCUAUACAAGGAAGGAUGCCAGGCCUUGGUUUCACUUUCCAGUAAUAAUGAACAGAUUACAAGUAUUCUCAAGCCUGUGACGGCUCACUUAGCACUACUCUCAGUCACUGAUAAUAAUAAAAAACAUGGUUGGAAUCAAUCAGAUUCUAGUGGUGUAAGAGAGAGGACUUGCAACACAUCUGUUGUAGAAACAGAUGAUGCAAAUGGUUCACAACCUGAGGCUUCAACUUCUACUUAUUGUGAACCACUAAGGCAUGGGAAAAGACCAAAGAAUAAGAAGUCUGUAAACAAGCAUCUCUGUUGGAGCUCAUUUUGUAAUGCAGCUUUUGAGUGCUCUGAUUUCAAUUUGGUGGAGAUCUAUUUUGCCAGGAAACCUGAAAGUUCAAAGAUGCUAAAGUUCUUGAUGUGCUGGAUGAAGCAAAUAAAAAAGCACAGCAGCAUUUUGCUGCCAACAGCACUUCAUCAUUCAUCCCAGUCUCAGCAGCAUGUGCUGCUACCACCUUUGUGUACUCAAGUAAACUUAAUGCAGGAGAAUGAUGUAUCUUUUUCUUCCUCUGAAACUGUGGAAGUGUUCUUUGGUAAUCUCUUAAAAAGGAUCCAGCAUUGUCUAACCUCUGGAGCAGACUUGCAAAGUUUUGCAGAACGUCUUGUAAAGUUAUCAAUACACGUGAUGUCCCAAAUAUCUGAAAAAAAUCAUACCGCUGGUGCAAAUAAGAAUACCACUACAGAACUUAUGGAACUUCUACUAAAGAAGCCGAAAGAUAUGACACCCAAACUGGAGUUUGACAAUCCUACGUCUGAAGCAUCUGAUUUCAAUUCAACCUCAAAAAUUAUUGUUAGAGAAUAUGAAUUGCAGGUUUUCCUUCGAAUGGAAUUACUUCGUUCAGAUGUUUCUGAGAACAUUAAAGGCUCUGUAAAGCAGAAGCUUGUGAAGCAGGUUUGCUCACUUCUCGAGAUAAUUCAGUACCUUGUUGAAGGAGGCAUUCAUGGUCAUGUUCGCCUUUAUGAUUAUGUUGAGCGGACCAUCAGGGCGAGGUAUAUGAGGAGACAUUAAUACCAUAACUUAUAUGUGACAACCCAUAACCACUUCUGUCCCGAAAUAAGCUUUGUGUAAUUGUGUUUUCCUCUUUGGUGUGUCCUAAAAUAACUUAUUGUUUCCUUUUAUGGAAAAAAAUGUUUGUUUAGUACCGUUUUACAUUUCUACUUAAAUCCCAACCACACUUUGUUCCUUUUAAAGCACAUUCUUAAUAAUCGUGCCGAUUCCAAACAAGAAGUUUAUUUUAAACGGUGGGAGUACAUAUAGGUUGGCCUCUUAUUUAUACCACUUUUAGACUUUCUUCUGUCCGAGGUAAUAACAGAAGUCCACCCGACCUCCCACCAUUUCAGGUACAACCAUAACCUGGAAGAUGUUGUGGCUGAAAUCUAUGCUCAAAUGGAUCUACUGCCAUUUGGUGAGGAAGAUGAAAUUCAAGCACAGCUCUUCAACAGUGAGGAUAGUGAUCAAUCAUGGAAAGAGAAUCAUGAUGGAUAUAAAAUGGCCAAACCUGACAAUGUCCUACGAUCAGGUUUAGCUGGAUAUGAUGACUCCAGCCAGCCUGCUGACGAAAAUUCCGAGUCAGCCAGAGAGGAGGAACAUGCACGCAGGAUAAUUGAAGCUCGCGAAAGGAGAGAGAAAGCUAGGAGAUCUUUGUACACGAGGAUGCCAGACCUACAAAGAGUUUGGGCACCCAGGCAGCUCAAGGCCUCAAAAGGGAAAUCUGAAGGGCAGAAAGACACUAAAAGGAAACACAUGCGAAAGGCACGUUAUAGUGUGGUGUGUGAAACCCCAAUGAGUGAAAGGAAACAUAUGUGCUCUUCCGAUGGCGAAAAGGGGCAUACAGACUCCGGUAAGUCUUUACGUGUGGUUCCUAAAGCAUUGUUUCAGGAUGCCUGAUCAUCAGCUUCAGAUUGGUUUAAUCACUUUUAUGGGUUAAGUGGUGUGAUUGAGAAAGCUUUGCCAUUGAAGGGUUAUAGAGAAAAUACAAAGAAAGCAAAAGAACUAAAGGUCUAUAAUGACAGUACUCGCUAGCACUACUAAUACAUCAUUGUAACACACCAAAGCUGGUGAGAAUCCCCAGAAUGACACCCCCCCCCCCCCCCCCCCUUGUGUAAUUAAUUUAUUUGUAGUUUUUUAUUUCUUCUUGGAGGUGGGCGAUUGAAUGCUCCAUGCCCUUUAUUUAUAGAAGACUUUCUGUAGGAAUGUACCAUCUCAUGUUCUAUAUAAACCCCUAUGUAUUGUGUUUAUUCAUAAUCAAUAGAGUUGAUCUUUCAAUUAUA